GGAAGCAUGGUGGGGAAUAUCAAGGCAGCUUCGGGUUCCAGCACUAUUUUUAAUGUUGUGACGUAACAAUAAAUUAAAGCCAUUGUGACGUCAUUGCAUUAUUUCCUUGAGAAGCAUUCUUCGCGAAUUCCUUUUCAAGCAUUGAAUCAUGGCUUUCUUUGUCUUCAACUGGACUAAGAGAACAUACAUCCUUGCAGUGCUAUCUUUGGUGCUGCUGGUCAUAACGACCAAACACAAGGAAUACUUCUACUGUGAGGAGAAACCAUUGAGCAGUUUUGAGAAGUUUGCCAUUUGGCUGGGAUUUAUGGAAAAACCCAAACCUUGUCCAGGAAAGGAGGACCUUUACACGAUGGCGGUUGAGAUGAGCGUUUCUGCUGCUGCUGUCAUUGCAAGUACCGCCAUACCCAGGUUAUUGAACUGGUCUUUAUCCUUAAUGGGUCGGGCAGCUCAGGCCAUAAAGGGAGGAUUCAAGUACCUGAAAGGUAUUAGGAUAAACGGAGACCAAAUCUUUCUUUUUUCCAAUUUAAAGAAAAUACCGAUACCACGGAAGAGAAUUGGUGAAACGUAA